AUGGCAGACAUUGUCUUCUACGACAUCCCCUGCAAGUCGACCCACGUUUCAGCGUCGUGGUCGCCGAACACAAUGAAAACCCGCUACGCGCUCAACUUCAAGGGGGCUCGCGAGCUCGGCGGGCAGCCGACGCGCAUGAAGCCUGACGGGCGGCCGCAUUACACACUGCCGAUGAUCCACGAUAAGGCUACCGGCGCGGUCGUGACAGACUCGUUCAAGAUCGCCUGCUACCUCGACCAGACCUACCCGUCUCAGCCUAGACUCGUGCCAUCAAGCAACUUCGCCCUUGUUCGUGCCGUCGAAGACGCCCUCCAGCCGCUCCUCGCACCGGUCUACCCGUUCGGCGUGCCCGCGACAGAGCGCAUUCUGAACCCGGCCAGCGCGGUAUACUGGCGCGGCACACGCGAGGCCAUCUUCGGCAUGUCCCUCGAGGAGCUGCUUCCCGCGCCUGGGAGCGAGCGCGAAAGCACGCAGUGGGCGGCUGUCCGGGCCUCGUUUGAUGCCAUCGACGACUGGGUGAUCCGCGGAUGCGACCGGUACCUCGGCGGAGCGGAGGUGGGAUACGCUGACAUGCACGUCGCGGCCUUUGUGCGGCUGGUGCGGGACGUGCUUCCGGCGGACAAGUGGGCGGAUAUGCACAGCUGGCACGGCGGCCGAUGGGAGCGCUUGCUCGUCCGGCUGGCGGAGCACGAGCUUGUGCCACUCGUUUGA